AUGGCGCGUCAGAAUCCCAAUAUCGUGGUGACCGGGACACCUGGUGUGGGAAAAACUACACAUGCUGAGCAACUGGCACGGAAUCUUGGGUUCAAACACCUUAGCGUGAACCAUAUCGUGAAGGAUGAGGGUUUCCAUGAAGGAAAGGACGAGGAGACGGGGAGUUGGGUCGUAGAUGAAGACAAACUUCUCGACUACCUAGAAGCCGCAGAUAUUUCUUCCUCAGGCGGCAACAUCAUAGAUUGGCAUGCGUGCGACCUUUUCCCAGAGCGUUGGGUGGACCUGGUGAUUGUGCUGCGCUGCGACUCCACCGUUCUCUACGACCGUUUAUCCGCGAGGGGCUAUAAGGGCAAGAAGCUGGAUGAGAAUAUGGACAGCGAGAUCAUGCAGGUGCUGCUUGAUGAGGCAAGAGAGAGCUAUAAGGAAGAGAUUGUAGUCGAGCUUAGGAGUGACAAGAAUGACGAUGUGGAUGGCAAUUUAGAAAGGAUAGAACAAUGGGUGGAACAAUGGAAGAAGGAUAAUGCUGCAGAAGCUUGA